UGUCUCACCUACUUUGUGUGUGUGAUUUGAAACUCGGUCGUAAAUGUUUCUUCAAAGCUCAAAAACAUUAGUUUAUUUUUCAGACAGUGAUUUUUUUUCUAUAUGACCCAAACUGGCUUUGAAUCUGUGACCUCCUUCUUGUCUCAGCCUCCUGAGUGCUAAGAUUACAGGUGUGAGCCACCUCGCUUUGUUCCAACAAUUAACUGCUUCCCGUUACUUGGGAAAUGGAAGACAUCGCCACCAAAUAAUUCUUGAGCCCUGGUUGUGGUCCUAGAGCCAGAAGUCACGAGGAUGCAGGUGAGGAUCCGGGGGGGCAAGCAUGGUAGCGUGGAAGAUCACACCUACGCUGUGCUCGUCGGAGCGAUCCCUAUUCACCGGCACGGAUGUGCGUCAGGAAUGCCCACAGAUGGACCACUCUGGAAUUCACAGUGACUCUAUGCCUACACGGGGCCUCCCCGAAAUUCCCUGCAGGGCAUUUGCCCCUCAGCCCUCAUCAAGUCAUUUCUUCCUCAGUGGUUGUACACUUCGAGCUCUGGGCUUCAAAAUUUCCUCUCAUUAAGUCAACGAGCACUUUCCAAGAAGAAAGAGAUGCCCAAGAUGCGUGUGCCUUCCUGUGCGGUAUGUGUAUGUGUCGGUGUGUGUUUGCGCGCACGCGCAUGCACAGUUGUGACUCAGGCCUCUGCCUGCCUUGAGGGUAACCUCAGCGUUUCCUUCCAGCCCCGCUUUCCCCGGGGCCGUGGCUGGCAGCCUUUUGAAAGUGUUUUCUGGAGAAAAGCUGAGCAAUGGUUUUGCCAUGGGCGGGCCUUUGAUCUCCUCCUCACGCUGGCCCUUUAUAUAUUGCCGGGUGGCCAUGGCGAACCCAUCAAGCUCCAGAGGCCACGAGCAGAGCAGGUUUCCCUCCAGCCUCUCACCGUCGUCAUGAUCUUCCACACAGGACCAACGAAGCCUGCCCUGAUGCUGCUCUGCUGCAUGGGAACCUGGCUGGCCAUCUGCAGCCUACCCUUUGGUGCACCAACAGCAAAGAUCGGAACUAUACUUGAAUUCUUGAAAGGGGACUUGGAGGAGCUUUAUAAAAACUAUAGCAAAUGCCAGGCGGCUGGGAUGGAAACUGACGAGUCUCUCCAGCUGCCAUGUUUCACCCCGGGCUGCGAAGCGUCAGCCAACAUCUCAACCAUCAAAGCCUAUCUGGAGGAGGUCGAGAGGCUGAACGAGAACAAUAUAAGCACAGCUCAUAUCAGAAAACGGCUGGACGACAUCAGGUGUUCCGACCCACCGAAACCAAGCGUUUCUGGGCCCGAAGACUUCUAUGAACGUAAAAUCUUUACACUGACUGUCUUUAAGAGGCUCUCAGACUGCAUGGCAAAAUUGGGGGCUAAGAAUAAUACAUCCGGAGUGAUGGGGUAGAUAGAGCUCCAGGGAAGAAUCCCAGCAUCCUCAGCAGCACCUGUCCUGGGAAAGCUGGCCUUGCAAUGCUGGAAUUAACUCGAAAGAGAUUGAGCCAUUGUGACAAGCUUUGUUAUUUAUGAUGUCUUUAUUCUGUCCACCGAAACCUUAGUCUUCUGCCCUUGCGGGGGCCGGAAGUGGCAGCUGUAUUUAUUUAUUGGUAUUUAUGUACUGAGUUGUUAUCGCUCC